AUGAGUGUCAUCAAGAACGUAGCUAUCACCGGUGCAGCUGGUGCCCUUGGCAAGCCCAUUUUCGAAGCCCUCGUGUCAUCCAACAAAUUCAACAUCACAGUCCUCACUCGCUCCACCUCCACCUCCACCUACCCCUCAAGUGUGACUGUCCUCCCCGUAGACUUUGACUCCAUUCCCUCUCUCACAGCCGCCCUCCAAUCACAAAAAAUCGAUGCCAUCGUCUCCAGCGUCGGAACCGAAGGUCUCCUCGGCCAAAAAGUCCUAAUCGACGCCGCCGUCGCCGCAGGCGUAACCCGUUUCAUCCCUUCAGAAUUCGGUUCUGACCUUUCUGACCCACAAACUAAAGCCCUCCCUGUCUUUGGCUACAAAGUAGCCAUCGUUUCUCAUCUCGAAGACGUUGCUGCCAAGAACACAAGUUUUACAUACACAUUUAUUCGCAACGGCGCAUUUCUCGAUUGGGGACUUGAGUACAAUUUCAUCCUCGAUGUGACAUCUGGAAAACCAUCUAUUUACAACGGCGGUGAUAAGCUAUUCAGUACCACCACUCUCGAGACCGUAGCUCAAGCCGUCAUAGCUGUUCUCUCCAAAUUUGAAGAGACGAAAAACCGAGCCGUGUAUAUUCAAGAUGUGCAAACAUCUCAGAAUCAUCUCUUGUCGAUUGCGAAGAAGGUUUGCCCAGAGAAGAAAUGGGAACCCGUUCCGGUGAACACGGCUGAUCUUUUCAAGUCUUCAAAUGAGAAGCUUGCAAAGGGGGAAAUGACCAGGGAGGUUGUGUUCGGAUACCUUCUUACUGCGGUUUUUGGAGAGGGAUAUCCAUCGAGAUGGGAAAAGGCGGAUAAUAAAUUAUUGGGUUUGAAGGAGAAGACCGAUGCUGAGUUGGAAGCUAUUGUGAAGAAGUAUGUCAAGUAA